UCGCUUGCUGCGUUUCGCUUGCCAAACGUCAUGUUGUGGAGAAAACUGCAAUUCUGUCAUUUCGAUAAUAAUAAAUGAACGAUUGAGAAAGUAAAGCCAGAGAGAACGACAGCAGUAGAAACGCGAAUAAGUGCAGCGCUCGAUCGAAAAUAAAAACACCGUCGUAAUGGCUGGCCUGGUCCAGGACUGUUUCUCUAUCGGCAGCACGGUAGAGUGUACGACGUGCUACAAUGCCAACAUCGAGGGCGAGGUGUUGGCGUUCGAUCAGCAAACGAAAAUGCUCAUACUAAAAUGCCCUUCGGCGAGUAAAUCCGCAAAACUGAACGACGUCUACAUCGUCAAUCUAGCAAUGUGCAGCGAUGUUCAGGUGAAAAAGGAAGUCUGCAUAGUUCCGGAGCAACCGCUGUCGUUAAAUCUGGAACGCUUGAGCACCCGCGCCAGGAAUCAGGUGGAACAGAAACGACUCCAGCUAACUGCGCUUUCUGCCGGCGUCAGUCCCGAAGGUCAGAACCUUUACAUGGCUAUCGCACGCACUAUCAAACAGGUCACCUGGUCCGGUCCAAAUAUUGUGGUCUGCAAAGACGUAACGAUAACACCUCCAUACAAAGUAGACAACGUGAACAGUUCCGACCAGCGACAGCUGAGCUACGUGAAGAAGAUCGUGGAAAAACACGAAAACGAUCAAGCCAACAUAAAUCAAAGCACAUCGGCGGCAGACAUUGCUGCGAAUUGAUUGCCCCGCCGUGGGGAAUUGCUGGUCGGUACGGAUAUCGCGGGCGUGUAUGGUGAUGGCCGAGCCAAGGAUCAAACCGUGAAUGUACUUUGUGCGAAUGUGACGUGUACCAGGAAGCAUUCUUCGGGCAGGGCCAGUAUGCUUGGUUGAUGAUGAAUGGGCGGUUUUUGGAUGGCUAGGAUCUGGAUAUGGUUAGGCGGUUAGCGAAGAAUAGAUCGAGUAAAAUCACAACAACAACAAAAAAAAACAAUAAACAUAAACAGUGAAAAGGUAA